AUGACACAAGUUUAUGUUGGAAGAAGGGUAACUGGUGGCACAGGGCGCACUGGACCUGAUGCUUUUGAGGUUGCUCUAAGGCUUGAGCAUCAAAAUGGUAAAAGCUGCAGUUAUGGCCCACCUUAUGAGUGGCAAGUCUACAGCACUCUUAAUGAUUGUUAUGGACUUUCCUUGGUCUAUUAUAAAGGUCGCCAAGGAGACUACUAUAUCCUUGUCAUGGACAUGCUAGGACCGAGUUUAUGGGAUGUAUGGAACUCUAACAGCCAGAUGCUGUCUGAAGAGAUGGUUUUUUUUCCACGUGGACUUCUAAUUGGACAGAAUUUAGCUUUGAAGGAUCGGUCAAGGUUGUCUGAACCAUUUAAAGAGCUGGAUAUCUUGUUGACUCAGAUCGCUGCAGGCCAGAGACGACAUUAUAGCUUGAAGCUGUUUCGAUUUAGCAGCUGGAUGGGAGAGGUUGCCAAGUUAACAAGAGGGAAGUUCAUUGCAGACACAAUCACCCACUUCAGCGUGUAG